AUGUCUCCCACGGAAGUUCCCACCAACGCUCUCAUCGACCAGACUGACGAUGCUGCUGUUCUCGCGGCAUUGGGUCAUGAAGAAGAGCUCAACCGUCAAUUCUCUUUUUUCUCCCUAGCAGCCUAUGCUAUCAUUACUGCCAACGCCUGGACAUCCAUCGCGGGAUCACUCAUCACUGCUAUCUACAAUGGAGGAGCACCAGGACUGCUUUACGGCUGGAUCGUGGACAAUUUCUUCUACUUCUUCAUCGCCUUGUCUUUGGCGGAAUUGGUCUCGUCCAUGCCCACCUCGGCGGGCGUCUACCACUGGUCUGCAGCUUUGGCUGGCCCUGAAUACUCCAAGAUCAUUGGCUUCAUGACUGGAUAUAUGAAUGUCCUCGGCUGGACAUUGGGACUCGCCUCGUUGUUCGCCGUGACAGGUCUCGAGGUUACUGGUCUGUACUCGUUAUGGCAUCCGGGGUAUGAGAGCAAGACCUGGCAUGUGUUCGUGGUGUUUGUCGUUCUGAACUGGAUGUUUGCCGCUUUCAUCCAGUUUGGGAACAAGUGGCUGCCACUAUACAACAAGAUCGGACUCUUUUUCAACAUCGCGGCUUGGCUAGUCGUCCUCAUCUGCCUUGCGUCGAUCCCACCGACUCAUUCCACCAAUGCCUUCGUAUGGACCGACUACAGCAACCUGACUGGAUGGCCCAAUGGGAUGAGCUUUAUCCUUGGCCUUGUGGCUCCAGCCUUUGCUAUUGGUACUAUUGACAGUACCACGCACAUGGCGGAAGAAAUCCCACAUCCCUCGCGCAAUGUGCCUCGUGCUAUGUUUAUUCAGUGGCUCGGUACCUUUCUUCUUGGCUUCCUCUUCCUGAUUGCACUAUUCUACGUCGCCGGCUCGCUCGACACGAUUUUGGCUGCGAAUCCCACCUUCCCAGUCGCCAGUAUCAUGAAUUCGGCAUUCGAUAACAAAAACGCUGCGUUCGCCUGUGGUCUCAUCAUUUUCCUGGCCUCGCUCCCCUGCUCGAUCGGUGCUCAGAUCACAACCGUUCGCUGCACAUGGUCAUUUGCUCGUGACGGUGCCCUGCCUUUCUCGAGCUACUUUGCAAAAGUCGAUGAGAAGAACGUCAUGCCGGCGAGAGCCAAUAUUCUGAUCGCCUCAAUCUCUACGGCCUUGGGAGCCAUCUACGUCGGCUCAACCAUUGCAUUCAACGCCUUGGUUGCUUCGUACGCGGUCAUGUCCACUACGUCUUACGGCAUUGCUAUUGGUGUGCACCUGUUCACCGGCCGCAAGCGGAUUAUUCCAGGCUGGUUCCAUAUGGGCAACGGCCCAUUGGGCUUCUUCGUCAAUUCCGUUGCCAUGAUCUACAUCGUGGUGACUAACGUCUUCUUCUGUCUGCCCUACUUCGUGCCGCCAGUCACUGCUGCGACGAUGAACUACACUUCGCUUGUGUCUUAUGGUCUUGCGUUGCUGGUUGUGGUCUGGUGGUUUGUUGGCGGCAAGAGGAGCUACAAGGGACCCAAACUGUCGUCGCAGACCUUGGAGGCAUUGGAAGGUGUUCCGGUGGGCAACACGCUUGCGGCAGAGCCGAAGGACGGUGCCAGUACGGUGUACAGGGGGAGCAAGACGGCUGCAGAAUUUUCCAAGGAGACCUAG